UUAUUGAGAGACUUAAAGAAUUAAUUAAUAAACCGCCACUUACUCUUACCGAUGAAAAUAUUCAAGCCGAAUUAGUUCGCUCCCAAGAGUUAAUUAUUAAGUUAGAAAAGGAGUUAGCAGCAAGUAAUUUAGGCGAGCCAAUUGAGAAUAUUAUCCAAAUUGAUGAGAAAUUGCUCCAUGAAAAUGAAACUUUAAAGGUUAAUUUAAAUAAACAAGUCAACAAUUACCAAGAACUGGCUCAAGAAAGAAAUAAAUUAGUCUUCCAAGAAAUUAAAAACAUUAAUGUAGAAAAGUUGCGAGAAGUAUUGCCCCAAGUUUCUCGGGAAGUUAUUGAAAAGCAUUUAGCUUCCGCUCAAAAUUAUACUGAAUUAGCCUCGGCUAGGAAUAAUUUGUUGGUGGAGAGUAUUAAGUCAAGCAAGCAAGAAGUUCCGAUG